CCAACUUUCUGAAGCCGAAGAUAGUUCCCGCCUAGAGGUCACCAACGGCGAAAUAUCUCUCACCGCCAAUCGAUAUCUGCGUCCUCAAAUCCACAAAAGUGUAUGCAGAGCUGUUGAUACAACAUGGGGUACGAGUCUGGUAGCACCUCCCAGGAUGGCCGGGAUGAAGAUGAUGAUGACGAAUAUGAAGAGGCUGGUGGGGGUAACCGUCUUUUGGGAUUUAUGUUUGGGAAUGUUGAUGGUGCGGGCGAUCUUGAUGUUGAUUACCUUGAUGAGGAUGCAAAGGAGCAUCUUUCUGCGCUGGCUGACAAGCUUGGUCCGUCCCUGACUGAUAUAGAUCUGUCAGUGAAAUCACCGCAAACAUCUGUUGAUGCUGCUGAACAAGAUUAUGAUGAGAAAGCUGAAGAUGCAGUUGAUUAUGAAGAUAUCGAUGAGCAGUAUGAGGGACCAGAGUGUCAAGCUGCUACUGAGGAGGACUAUUUGUUGCCAAAAAAGGUUUAUUAUUCCACUGAAGUUGCUGUGGCUACCAUGGAGCUUACAGCUUCUGUUUUUGAUGAUGAAAAUUAUGACGAUGAUGAUGAAGAAUUUGAUAAAGAACGUGAGUUGGUGGAUAAAAACGCGGAAGUUGGAAAUAUUUCUUCAUCAGGUGAGCUGAGUGAUAUUCUUACUAAAAUUUCUGAUGGGGAAAAGUUUUCCGAGGAUGAUCUACCUAUUGGCUCUUUUGAAAGUGAAAAUUUGGCUGUUGAUAUGGCGGAUUUUCAGGAGGAGCCUCUUGAUGAUAAAAAUUCAACACCACUGCCUGUUCUGUGUAUAGAAGAUGGUAAGGUCAUAUUACGGUUUUCUGAUGUUUUUGGUAUUCAUGAACCGUCAAAGAAAGGGGAGAAGAAGGACCGUAGGUAUUCAAUUCCUAGAGAGAAAUAUAAAUCCAUGGAUAUUUAUGAUAAUGUUGAAGAGGACGAUGAAGAUUUUUUGAAGGGCACUUGCCAAGGUUUUUCUUUUAUGAGACAGGCACAUGUAUCUCAAGAUGAUAUUUCAGCACUAGUGGACGGCGAAUUAGAAUCAAGGAUAUUUGGGGUUGUUCCAGGGGCUUCUGCUAUUGAUCUACAAGAUGAUGAGCAAAGGAAAGAUUCUUGUCUUAGUGCGGAGCCAAUGAGACAGGAUAUAAUGUCAGAUGGGUCUGUAGAGUGGAGCUCAGCUUUGUGUCCAAAAUUUUACCCUCUUGAUCAGCAAGAUUGGGAAGACAAUAUUAUUUGGGACAACUCUCCUGCAUUAAGUUACAAUGCUGCCGAUGGUUGUGAGAUCUCUGGACCUGACUCCGAGGCUUUGGUUAAUGCAGAAACAGAAUUGGAGGGUGGGCUGCAAAAUUUUCAGCCAGAGCUCCAGAUUGAACCUGAUGAGAAAGAUCAUGGUUUUUUUCUUCAUAACUGUCCUGUUCUAGUGGAGCCCUUUGGUUCAAGAACACAUUCAGGACUGAAUAAUCUUCCAUUCUUGGAAAACAGAUUUCAUCCCCAACUUUUGAGGUUGGAGUCACGGUUGGAAGUGGAUCAUCCAAAUCAUUCUGAUGUUAGAAAGGAUUAUGGUGGUGAAGAGAUCCGCCAAAGUGAUGUCAUAAGACGUCGUAGCAAACUUACAUUGCAAAACAGAGACUUAUUGGAAGGAUCUUGGUUGGACAAAAUAAUUUGGGAACCACAUCAAUCUAUUGGAAAGCCAAAGCUAAUACUCGAUCUUCAAGAUGAACAGAUGCUUUUUGAAAUUUUAGAUGACAAGGACGGUAAAAAUCUUCGGCUUCAUGCAGGGGCUAUGAUCAUAACUCGCUCUAUGAAGUCUAGUGGUGGGGAUUCUUUGGAGCAGCAUGGUCACGGAGGUCCAUAUGGUGUGCAAUUCAAUAUUUCUAAUGACGAAUUCUAUUCAAACAGGAAAAUUUGUCAGCAGCUGAAGUCACAUUCUAAAAAACGCGCUGCUCACGGUGUCGAAAUCUUGCAUUCAAUACCUGCAGUUAAGCUGCAGACAAUGAAACCGAAGUUAAGCAAUAAAGAUACUGCAAACUUUCAUCGACCAAAAGCUUUAUGGUAUCCCCGUGAUAAUGAGGUGGCAGUCAAGCAACAAGGGAAGCUACUUACCCAAGGACCGAUGAAAAUUAUAGUGAAGAGCUUGGGGGGCAAAGGAAGUAAGCUUCAUGUGGAUGCUGAGGAGAUUCUUUCUUCUGUCAAAGCAAAAGCCUCAAAAACGCUAGAUUUUAGACCACCAGAGCCUGUUCGAAUAUUUUAUUCUGGAAAGGAGCUUGAAGACCAUAAAUCUCUCGCUGUACAAAAUGUUCGACCGAACUCGUUGCUUCAUCUUGUUCGCACUAAAAUACAUUUGCUGCCAAGAGCACAGAAAGUUCCUGGUGAAAACAAGUCUUUACGUCCUCCUGGGGCAUUUAAGAAUAGAUCUGAUCUUUCUGUGAAAGAUGGCCAUGUCUUCCUCAUGGAGUACUGUGAGGAAAGACCAUUACUCCUGGGAAACCUUGGGAUGGGUGCCAGACUGUGUACUUACUAUCGGCAAUCAGCCCCAAGUGAUCAAACUGGAACCUUGUUACACAAUGGAAACAACAGUUUGGGAAGUGUUGUCAUACUUGAUCCUGAUGAUAAAUCCCCUUUCCUUGGAGAUAUGAACGCUGGUUGCACUCAAUCAUGCCUUGAAACUAACAUGUAUAGGGCUCCCAUUUUUCCUCAGAGAGUUUCAUCAUCUGACUAUCUGUUGGUUCGUUCUGCAAAGGGAAAACUUUCUAUUAGACGCAUUGACAGGCUGGACGUUGUUGGACAACAGGAGCCUCACAUGGAGGUAAUGACUCCCGGAUCAAAAGUUGUGCAGACAUACAUCAUCAACAGGCUCCUGGUGUACGUAUAUCGUGAGUUUAAUGCGGUUGAAAAGAAUGGUUGGUUUCCUUGCAUCCACGCGGAUGAGCUAUCUGCACAAUUCCCUAACAUCUCCAAAGCCCUUUUUCGGAAAAGAUUAAAGCAUUGUGCUGAUUUGCAGAAAGGAUCAAAUGGACAGCUGUUUUGGGUUAUGAGGCGCAAUUUCCGCAUUCCAUUGGAGGAGGAAUUAAGACGAAUGGUGUCACCUGAAAAUGUCUGUGCCUAUGAAAGCAUGCAUGCUGGCCUGUACAGGCUCAAGCGUUUAGGAUUUAUAAGGCUGACUCAUCCCCAUGGCCUUUCGUCUGCAAUGAAUCAGCUUCCAGAUGAAGCAAUUGCUUUAGCUGCUGCAUCACACAUUGAAAGGGAACUGCAGAUAACUCCAUGGAACUUGAGCAGCAAUUUUGUUGCUUGUAUAAACCAGGAUAGAGAAAAUAUUGAACGUCUGGAAAUCACUGGUGUUGGUGAUCCAUCUGGACGGGGCCUGGGUUUCAGCUAUGUCCGCACUGCUCCAAAGGCACCAGUGUCUAAUGUGAUGAUGAAGGGAAAAAAAGCUGUUCCUGGAGGAGGUUCAACUGUAACCGGAACAGAUGCUGAUCUACGUAGAUUGAGCAUGGAAGCUGCACGAGAGCAAGCUGCAGUUGGGCUCAAGGUUGAUCCAACAACAAUCAGCAAGUAUGCGCGUGGUCAGCGAAUGUCCUUUCUCCAGCUUCAGCAGCAGACAAGAGAAAAAUGCCAAGAAAUUUGGGAUCGACAAGUUCAAAAUCUUUCUGCUAUUGAUGGUGGUGAAAAUGAUAGUGAUUCAGAAGCAAAUGGUGACCUAGAUUUCUUUGCUGGGGACCUAGAAAAUCUGCUGGGUGCAGAAGAAUGUGAAGAGAGUAACUAUGAAACCAAGCAUGACAAAGCAGAUGGUGUGAGGGGGUUUAAAAUGAGAAGGCACCUAUCCCAAGCUCUGGUGGAAGAGGGAAUUGAAGAUGAUGCAGCUGAAGCAGCUGAAUUGUGCAGGAUGCUUAUGGAUGAUGAAGAGGUUGAGAGGAGGAAGAAGAAGAAGACAAAAGCUGCAGGGGAGGAAAUGGGAUUAACUCCAGGCUCGCAGUCAAAUUUCUUUGAGAAUGGAGACCAGGUCAAGAAAACUAAUACAAUUGUCGAGAAUACUACUACUAGAGCCCUACCUGAUGGAUCAUAUAUAUCAAAAGAGAAUAUUUUUCGAGACCCAAAUAAGGAGGAAAGGUUUAGUUCCAAAAAAAACUUAUCUGAAAAGGUAAAACUGAUAAAAAAGAAUGACACUGCAUGCAUGGGUUUACUCAACAAGAAAGUUAAAAUAUUGGGGGAUGGAAUACAGAUUAUCAAGGAAAAGAAAUCCGCAAGAGAGAGUUUUGUUUGUGGAGCUUGUGGUCAGCUUGGCCACAUGAGGACCAACAAGAAUUGCCCCAAGUAUGGAGAAGAUCCAGAAACACGGGUUGAAAGUACAGAUCCGAAUAAGGCAUCUAUGCGAUCUAAUGCUUCCGAUUCCUUGCCUCAGCCCCAGCAGAAAGCUAUGACAAAGAAGCUUAUAGCAAAAAGUGUAACAAAAAUUGCUGUUGUGGAAGUUCCUGAAGAUGAUAAGUCCAGUUCAAAGGCAAAAAUUCUGAAGGUCAAAUGUGGUUCCACUGAUAAGCUACCUGAUAAACAUGCUCCUUCUGCCUUACAGAGCUCUGACCGACCAAUAACAUCAGAUGCUGAAAUUGGGAACAUGUCUUCCGUUAAAGUUAAUAAAAUAAUAUUUUCCAACAAGAUGAAACCUGAAGAUGUCCAUGUUGAAUCUCACAAGCCGUCUAUUGUGAUAAGACCACCGAUGGAGACAGAAAGAAACCAGCCUCGCAAGAAAAUCAUAAUCAGAAGACCAAAGGAGAUCAAUCAGGACCAGGUCAAUCAGGAAGGUAGCACUGAUCUGGAGUACAGGAAGAUGAAGAAAAUUAUAGAAUUGUCAGGUUAUGAGAAUCAUAGAGAGCGGGAGAGCAAACAUUUAGUUCUCGAGGGAGCAAAGCAGAAAGUCAGAGAAGGUAAACGAUGGUGGGAAGAGGAGGAGAAGAGGAGAAUCACAGAGAAACAGAGAGAAGAGAGAGCCAGAAGGUUUUUUGAAGAACAAAAGAGAAUAGAAGAAGAACAAGAAAGGUUAGCUGCAUUAAGAAAAUAUGAAGAAGACAUAAGAAGAGAGAGGGAGGAAGAAGAACGUCAGAAGGCAAAUAAGAAGAAAAAGAAGAAAGAAGUGCCUGAAGUAAGAGAUGAUUAUUAUGAUGACUUGCAGCCAAGAAGAAAUGACAAAAGGAUAGCAGCAAGAUAUCGAAUUGUGAAGAGGAGACCAGUAAUUGAUUUGGGAAGGUACGGUGCAGAGUAUGCUCCACCCACAAAGCGCCGUAGAGGGAGAGAGGUUGGGUUGUCUAAUAUUUUAGAGGCCAUUGUGGAAACCCUAAAGGGCAGGCAUGAGGUGUCCUACCUUUUCUUAAAACCUGUAUCCAAAAAGGAAGCUCCUGACUACGGGGACAUUAUAAAGCGCCCUAUGGAUCUGUCCACAAUCAGGGAGAAGGUGAGGAAGAUGGAAUACAAGAGCCGAGAGGAGUUCCGGCAUGAUGUGUGGCAAAUUACAUACAAUGCUCACAGGUACAACAAUGGGUGCAACUCCGGUAUUCCUCCACUAGCAGAUCAGCUUUUGGAGCUUUGUGACUACCUGGUAAGUGAAUAUGAUGAGGCCUUGACAGAAGCAGAAGCCGGUAUCGAAAUUGGGGAAAUUUAGAUUGUUAGAUUAAGAUUAUUUUGAAAUCCCUAGAUUGUUGAAGCCUGAGGCCUUGACAGAAGCUGAAGCCGAUAUCAAAAGUGGGGAUUAAGAUUUUUUUUUGAAAUCCCUAGAAUGUUGAAGCCUUUUUUUUUUUUCUUCUUUUGGGGUUUUUGAUGGAUGGGAAUGGCUUUGGUUUUAGCUCGUCGGAUGAAAAUUUCCAUAGUUGUGAACAUUUAGUUGCAUCCGAUCUGGCCGAAUAUAUGUACAUUCGGGUUAUUUUGGUAAUAUAAAAGUUCCAUUUGAAAUC